AUGAUCCCAGUUUCGCGGCCAGACGGCCAUCUCAAUCUCAACUACAUCCCAGUUUCUCAGCCAAUGUCAGGGACCUCGACGGGUAGCAACUCUCCAAACGAGUUGGCCGGAAAUCUGGGCAAGUCUCCGUUCGGGACCGCCAACGGAUUGGGAAAUGCUCCAGGUUCGUUGGGUAGCACACGUAUAGGGGCUGGAUCCCCCUCUCACGAGCUGGGUACUCGCCUAUAUUCAAAACGAGCACGUGAAAUCCAGGCCCAGGAAGGUGUUCCGACAAGCAUCUGGGGACCUCCAACGAGUGGCCACUCAACGCCUUUGCGCGAGAAUAUUCCCGAAUCCCCCAGUCAAGAUGGAUUUCCCGACUUGAUUCCCUCUGAACCUACAUUGAAUAGCCCUGCGCGAAGGGCAAGAGCUGGCACUGUGCCAUCGCGAUUCCCGCCUGUUGGCACUCUGAGCGCCACCUCCCAGGCACCAUCCCUGAUCUCCAAAACGUCAAGGCCUACCCCGUCUACGAGCCCGUUUCGUCCACCAGGCCUGUCCGGUAUUGAUACAAGCGGCAGAACCGUAACUUCAGGCGCCGGCCCCAAUACGGCCGUUUUGUCUCGCCUGCGGGCGGGCUCAAUGCCUCAGCGCCCAAAUAGCUUUCUAGGUUCUUCGAAUCCGUUUGGUCCCUCUGUUUUCUCCACGAGCUGGGCAUCAGGGCGAGAGCGAGCUUCAACCUUGGCAAGCAUUCGGUCCUCGGAGGGUCCGACAUCUCCUUCUCACUCAUCGUUCUCAGGUGGCGGUCUGGCCGAUAGCGACGUGAAGACUCUCGACUACUUGGGAUUGGCUGAAACACCACAUCAACACAACUCUUCACUGGCACACUCGUCGGUUGAAGCUUUACUCCAACAACAGCAACAGCAAUCUUCUUUGCCCCCACUUCUUGCAGAACUUGCUAUGAUCAAGAGCAACAACAGAUUUAGGUCCUACUCGGUCAAUGCAAAGGAGAAAUACGCCGAAGACGAUGAGGAAUACGGCUCUCCUUAUCCCCAAGCGCCAUCAGGAAGUUUGACUCCAUCCGCUGCCGCGACGGCCGCUCAACUCGCUGCUACUCAGGCGCAAAUCCAUCAACACAAUCUUGCUGUUCAGGCUUUUGCCAACCAUGCCUCCGCAAGCCGUCCUCGCGCCCGCACUGCCGGAAUUCUUGAUACCCCACCACAACGCUCUUCUAUUCGCAAUUAUCUCGCAACGCCCUCUCGAUUGGAAAAUAGUAUAAGCGCCGCGGAUCUUGGUAUUGCCGAAGGAAGUGAAUACGAUGAGCUCUCCGAAGCGGUUCAGAUGAUGCAUCUCGGUGGAGCAAACGGCGCAAAUCCGAAUGCUCGAGCUCCGGCAGAAGUCGCAGAUGAGGGCAGUAUUGAAGGUCCAACCAGAGCUUUGUGGAUCGGAAGCAUUCCGGUCUCAACAACGGUCACUUCUUUGGAUGCCAUCUUCAGCAUGUACGGCAAAAUCGAGUCGACACGAGUUCUGACUCAUAAGAAUUGCGGAUUUGUCAACUUUGAGCGUCUCGAGAGCGCCGUUCAGGCGAAGAAUCUACUCAACGGAAAAGAGAUCUUCCCAGGUGCUGGGCCUGUCAGAAUUGGUUAUGCUAAAGUUCCAGGUGCAUCUGCCUCUGGAACACCUGGAGGUAAUGGUACGCAUCUCUCGCCAACGCCUGAUCCACAUACUGCUCUGGGAGAGCACGGCGCUGUUGAUACCACAAAACCAGACCGGAUUGGUACGGAUACGCCACGGGUCCCUCCCUUGGCAGACCUGAAGCAGGAAAUGGCCGAAAUUGUCCAGGAGUUUGGGGCUACUGACGCAGAUGUUCAAGCGAUUACUGCUAGUGUACAGAGAUCAAUAGCUUUCCAGGCAUUCAAGGACGAAAUUCCUGCCGUUCCCGAACCAAGUGCUGCAAGAAUGCACGAUGCGCCAAAACUUCGCGACAUUCGCAAGCGGAUUGACAACGGUCUUUGCUCUGUGCAGGAAAUUGAGGAAACAGCCAACGGCAUGUUGCCUGAAAUAGCAGAACUCUCAUCAGACUACCUAGGAAACACCGUUGUUCAGAAGUUGUUUGAGUUCUGCUCAGAGCAGACAAAGGAACAAAUGCUGCUCCAAAUUUCACCACAUCUUGCCGAGAUUGGUGUUCACAAGAACGGCACCUGGGCAGCCCAGAAGAUCAUCGACGUUGCAAAAGCGCCCGAUCAAAUGCAAAUCAUUGUAGAUAACCUGCGCCCCUACACAGUCCCACUUUUCCUCGAUCAAUACGGCAACUAUGUGCUGCAGUGCUGUUUGCGAUUUGGCAGUCCAUACAACGACUUUAUCUUCGAGACCAUGCUUACCAGGAUGUGGGAAGUAUCUCAAGGACGUUUCGGUGCACGUGCUAUGCGUGCUUGUUUAGAAAGCCACCAUGCUACAAAGGAUCAACAACGAAUGCUUGCUGCCGCCAUUGCCCUGCAUAGUGUCCAGCUUGCUACGAACGCCAAUGGUGCCUUGCUACUAACUUGGUUCCUCGAUACUUGUACCUUCCCACGCCGAAGGACUGUACUUGCUCCUCGUCUCGUCCCUCACCUAGUCCAUCUCUGCACCCACAAAGUUGCGUACUUGACCGUGUUGAAAGUCAUCAACCAGCGGAACGAGCCCGAGGCACGAGAGAUUGUGCUGAAGGCGCUCUUCUUUAGUCCGAACGAUGAAGCUCUUGAGCGAAUUCUCAGCGAUCCUAGUUCGGGCGCCACAUUGAUCUUCAAAGUCCUUACUACGCCUUUCUUUGACGAAUCAAUGCGUUCCGAGGUUGUCAAGAACGUGUCCAAGGUCUUGACCAAACUGAAAGCGACCCCCAGCCAAGGCUACAAACGACUUAUGGAUGAAGUUGGCCUUUCUUCUCGCGCAAGUUCUCGUGAUCAUCAUACUGGAAGGGAUGGAAGCACUGGCCAUGCUACUAAUGGCGAGAAACAGCACCGCCCUACGUCACGUCAGGCCAGCUCUAGUUAUCAAAAUCAGCAACAGGUCGACAGGCAAUUUGGUGCACAGUAUGCCACACCCUCAGGUAUCGAAAAUGGGCCCUCGAUGGGCCGACCAGGCGAGCAGCAGCCUUAUGACUUUGCUUCCAAUGGCAUGGGCGCUACCAACGGCCUGAAUGGCCUCGGUGCUAUGAAUGCUGGGCCAGGCUUCGGCCAGGACAACGUGCUUUCUGUGCCGCAGCAACAAAUGCAAUACCAAGCGUAUCUUCAAUCGCGUGGCAUCUCCCAAACUGGAAUGUAUCCCGGAAACAUAGGCGGAAACGUCUAUCAGGGAUAUGCUGGGGCCAUGGAUAGUAUGAGGGGUCUUCCGGGUGCUGGCGCAAUGCCUGGUCCGUCUCAAGUGAACUCGAACACCAUAUUGGGACAGCAGCCCGCCUUCGCGCCGCCUCAAUUCAGCCCUGUUCUGAACCCGGCUCAGAUGUACCAAUAUUCACCUCAGUAUUACCCCCAAGCUCAGGCCAUCCCGAACCAGGCUGGGGCUGGUCGACGUGGACGCCACUAA